AUGAGUGUUCUCGAGAACAAAUCACCCAUUCAAAAGGUACGAGGACUAGAAUCCACGACAGAGUCAGACCACGAGUACGUUCCCUCCAAGACCCAAGGAUCAACCUACCAUUCGACAAUGCCUACACGAUAUUCUAAGGCCAAGAUAUCGAGUCCACCGAGACAUUCGGAGGACUAUGGUUUCGAAGAGAUUCCUAGCCGAGAUCCCGUCAUCCGACUUCUUUUUCAGAAAGUUCAGAAGAUGGAAAAUGACCGAACCCACUCUCAGGAGCCCGAUUGGGGAAAGCUUCGGCCAGGGCCGUUCACAGAACUCAUCAGGCAUUCCCGGCAGGAUCGGGAUGUGCAACCACUGCGCAUACCGUUCUACACCGAGGUGGAGGAAUCGGCGUUAAAAAAUUAUUCGACACAGGAGCCAUCGUACCCUCCAAACGAAAGAAAAGAUCAGUAUGCUGUAGACCACAAAAGGAAAGAUAACCAUGAUGCUCGGCAGGGGCACUCAAAGAAAGGAAAGGGGAAGUACGGUGGCAAUGACCACCAAGUGCCAUUACCGAAUCAUGACCGCAGUCAGGAAGUUUUCACCUUGCUGAAUAUUACCUACGAGGCUGUUCUAAUGAAUGAGCAAGAGAUAAUACCCAAACCAGUUAACCGGAAGCCCAAUCGAUAG